UCCGCUUUGUUAAGACAACACUCAUGCCAAAAUCAAGUUCGAGCGCGUGCUAAAAAAAUAAGAUGGAUUGAGAGAAAGCUGUCAAUUGACCAUGAAUAUUCAAAAAGAGUAAGAGUUGAAUAAGAUUGUCACCUCCAUAAGUCAAAUAAGUCAAUGUUAUGCAUUUUUUAGGUAUACAUUAGCCGGGAUACUACAGCAUUGAUUAGAGUGUUUUUGCAAGUUAACUGUCGAUUUCAGGUAUACUCUACCCAGGAUACUACAGGAAUGAUUAGAGCAUUUUUGCAAGUUAACUGUAGAUUUCAGGUAUACGCUACCCAGGAUACUACAGGAAUGAUUAGAGCAUUUUUACGAGUUAACUGUAGAUUUCAGGUAUACGCUACCCAGGAUACUACAGGAAUAAUUAGAGCCUUUUGCGAGUUAACUGUAGAUUUCAGGUAUACGCUACCCAGGAUACUACAGGAAUGAUUAGAGCAUUUUUACAAGUUAACUGUAGAUUUCAGGUAUACGCUACCCAGGGUACUACAGGAAUGAUUAGAGCAUUUUUACGAGUUAACUGUAGAUUUCAGGUAUACGCUACCCAGGAUACUACAGGAAUGAUUAGAGCAUUUUUACGAGUUAACUGUAGAUUUCAGGUAUACACUACCCAGGAUACUACAGGAAUGAUUAGAGCAUUUUUGCAAGUUAACUGUAGAUUUCAGGUAUACGCUACCCAGGAUACUACAGCAUUGAUUAGAGCAUUUUUACGAGUUAACUGUAGAUUUCAGGUAUACACUACCCAGGAUACUACAGGAAUGAUUAGAGCAUUUUUGCAAGUUAACUGUAGAUUUCAGGUAUACACUACCCAGGAUACUACAGGUUAA